AUGUCGACCGCGAAGGGCCACUGUGAUCCAGCGUUUGAGGCAGUCAAGCAGCUGUUGUCGGAUAAUGUUGCAUCUGACACUGAGCUCGGGGCUUGCGUAUGCGUCAAUGUCGACGGCAAGAACGUCGUAGACAUCUGGGAUGGCUACAUCGACAAGGACAAGACGAUCGACUGGCAGGAAAACUCCAUCAUCAACGUCUGGUCCUGCUCAAAGACAGUUACAAACCUGGCCGUCCUUAUCUGCCAUGACCGAGGACUUCUAGACGUCAACGAGCCGAUUGCCAAGUACUGGCCUGAAUUCGCGGAGAACGGCAAGAAGGACAUUCCCGUGAAGCACAUUCUCAGUCAUUCCACUGGUCUCGCUGGUUGGGAGAAUGCUGACAACGUCUCUCUCGAGGACGUCUGCGAUCCCACGAAGAGCACGCCUCCGCUGGCCAAACAGGCUCCGUGGUGGACUCCAGGCACUGCAUCCGGCUACCACGCGAUGAAUCAAGGACAUCUGGCUGGCGAGCUGGUCCGCCGAGUCACUGGUAAGACUCUUAAGCAGUUCAUUGCAGAGGACAUCGCUGGUCCUUUAGGUGCCGACUUUCAGCUAGGCGCAGUUGAGAAAGACUGGGACCGUAUUUCGACGCUGCUGGCCCCGCCGUCUUUGGUCGACACCACCGGUGCAAGCUUAGACCCGAACUCGGUCGCCAUGAGGGCUCUGACUAACCCGGGCGGGUCGGCGGAAUUCGCACUUGGGCCUGAGUGGCGACGUGGAGAAGUUGGUGCUGCCAACGGACAUGGCAAUGCCAGAGCUCUUGUGCGCAUACUGUCCAUCAUCACGAGGGGUGGUGAGGUCGACGGUGUCAAACUGCUGUCUCCCCAGACCAUUGAUUUGAUCUUCCAGGAACAGACGAACGGGAUGGACCUCGUGCUCGGAAAGCCAAUCCGGUUUGGCAUAGGAUAUGGUCUCCCCCUUCCAGAAUUUGUCCCAAUGAUAAGGGAAGGCCGGGUAUGUUUCUGGGGCGGAUGGGGUGGCUCCAGCAUCAUCAUGGAUCUAGAUCGCAAGCUCACGAUCUCGUAUGUCAUGAACAAGAUGGGGGCUGGCACCGUUGGAAACCCUCGCACGGAGGGCUAUAUCAACACCAUUUAUGACUGCGUCGCCAAGAUGGGAGGAGAGAGGAAAGCGUAG